AUGGAGGGAAAAGAAACUCAAACUGUAGUGCUGCGUGGAGAACCACAGAAUGUGAAAGUGACCUUUUGUAGUUACCCCAAACGAUUGGAGGAAGUGUUGAAAUGGAAGGAAGGACUGCUGAGAGCGUGUCGUCAAGCGGGAAUUAAGUUGGAAGAAGAGCAACUCGAGGUGCUCAAGGAGAUGAUCCCAGACGAGUUUAAACCCGAAAUAGGAGACGAUAUGACAUUGCAGCAAGCGUUCGAUGCUAUCAUCCGAAAGCAAGUGAAAGAAGACAGAAACAGGUCACGAAACCCCCCUUACCAAAGUCUAUACUGCUUAAUUAGUGACUACGAGCGCGCGGUUGAAACGUAUGAGGUGUACGAACACAUCGAAAGAGAGAUAACCGAACCAAUACGAGAGUAUUUGAAGUGCAAGCAAUUCUUCAGUGGACUGGGACAGACAACGCGAGCGAGACUGAACAGCCAGGAUAUCGCAACAAUGGCAGAAGCGAUUAAGUACAUACAGAAGAAAGAGCUCAUAGCGCUGACGGACUUGGAAACCAGCAGGGAGACGUACGAAGAUCAAGAACUGUCGAGCGAUCGAGCAGAAACUCGAAACGGCAGGGUCCAUAAAUCGCAGGUAAGUAAGACUGAAGAGCAGACUAAUGCAAGCCAAUCGCAGGCAAGGAAGUAUUGUGUGUACCACGGGAAUAAUACGCACUCCACAGAGGACUGCCGAAAGGUGAAAGCGCUUGGCGAAGAGAAACGAGGUAAGCGUCUUGGAAGUAAUGACCGAGCCAAUGGUGCGACAAAGAGACCUGCUACGGAAGCAACCCAGGACAAGGACAGUGUGUAG